AUGCAUACAUGUUCUGGGGCAAAGAGCAUCGGAGAGAGUUCGCCCGUCUGGACAAGUCACUGGCAGGAUCUGACGCCACAAAGCUGCUGGCUGAGCAGUUUGACGGAUGAGGAGAAGGAACCAUACAAGGCGAUGGGAGAGGAAUCGAAAGCUGUGUAUAAGAAGAAGUGGGGUCAAGAAGUGAGAAGAAGGAAGGUGGUCCGUCAGUCAACAAAACGCAAAGUGAGAAAAACCAAGGAUCUUGUGAAGGCUUCAGAGGAAGCACCAGGAACGGUGGUCAAGAAACUUGAGCAAGCUUCUCAUAAGGACUCAAUUCAUCCCCCAGCCUAUGAGAAGAGAACUCGAACUCUGACUAUGGAUUCGAAUUGGUCCAGUUUUUCCGAUGAUGUCAUCUCCUCGGAUCUCAUCAACAGUAGCAACACAUGGUACGAAGUCUUCAAUGAUCUCGGUGUUGAUUCAAUCGAUAUUUGA